CCCAACAACGCCACAGGAAGCUGUGAGAGGAUUUAAUGUCUUGGCUUUACCUCACGUUGCUUUAUUGUACAUAACAAGACCAUGUAUCAGACAGAUUUUUUUUAGAUAAAAAGUGUCGAGAAACAAUCCAAGGCUGUCCAUUUGUUUUUUUUAAAACCUCAGUGUGGCGCAGUAAUUGUGCAAAUUGUUUUACUUUAUGAAGGCUGGUAAAGUGUAAUUUAGCCAGAAAUCCUUGUUUCUCUAGCUAGCGGUUAGCUAAUCUAGCCUAACGCUACCUAAUCUGGUACGUCUAAAGCAUAUAAAGCAGAAGUGCUUUGGAAAAGCGAAUCGGGACACAGGAUGGCUUCUAGAGGCAAAUCAGAAACGGGUAAGCUAAAGCAGAACAUGGAGGAGCAACUGGAUAGGCUAAUGCAACAACUUCAAGAUUUAGAGGAAUGCAGAGAAGAGCUUGACAAUGAGGAAUACGAGGAAACAAAAAAAGAGACAUUGGAGCAGUUGAGUGAGUUCAAUGAGUCAUUAAUGAAGCUCAUGUCGGGGAACAUGACCCUUGUUGAUGAACUAGGAGGGAUGCAACUGGCUAUCCAAGCUGCCAUUAGCCAGGCGUUUAAGACCCCUGAAGUUAUUCGACUGUUUGCUAAGAAGCAGCCCGGACAGUUAAGGACACGGCUAGCAGAGAUGGACCGUGAUAUGAUGGUGGGGAAACUUCCUAGAGACCAGUACACUGAGCAGAAAGUAGAGAUCCUAUCAGCUCUGAGAAAACUGGGAGAGAAGCUUACAACUGAGGAUGAUGCUUUUCUUGCAGCAAAUGCUAGUGCAACUCUCAGCCAAUUUGAGAAGAUUUCUGCUAACCUGGGAUCAGAAGAUAAAAUAAUGGCCUUAGCAAGUUCUGGAGUUGAAAAGACCUCAGCCUAGGGAUGCUGAUGUUAUAUAAAUGCUGUUAAUUCUUAAAGGUGUUUUAAUGUGAUAUGUAGUCCUACAGAUCAGAUCACAAUUUUUAGGUGCCAUUCAACGAAAUAUGUUUUUAAAUCAUGUACUUAUUUGGACAGUCAACCUGAAUAAUCUUACUCAAGAUAAUCUCUUUUAACUAAUGUAUGCUUGUAUACAUAUUCGGUACGAUAGCUGCGAUCAGGAAUCCUCAGAAUGUCAGAUGAAAUGUAUAGUAUGUACAUUUGCAACACCCUUCACAUUUUUCAGCUAACGGUCGACAGAUUUCAACAGUUUUGAGUGUUCAAAACUGCAUGCUUUUGCUUUGCUUCUAUUAGGAAUGUAUUGGGCUCUGGCCAUGUAAGUUAUGGUUGCGUGGUUAUAAAAUGAGUAAUAAUUGUAUCUUCUAUGUAUUCUGUAUAGAAGUGGUUCAACUAAUGUUGAAUAAUAAUGUUUUGUAUGAUAGUACAAAAGUUGCUCAGAAAUGGCAGCAUCUGGAAAGUUGCAGUCAUUUCUUUUUCUUUGUUUUACCAUUUGUAAAAAUACAUAAAAUGUGCAUUUAUCAUU